AUGAUGCAACGACUGAAGGAUACGCGCUACAAGCUCUCAGGCGCAAUGUCCUCUAGCAACAACAACGACGGUGGGCUCCAGCACCUGCGCAACGCAACCGACGAUGACGUUCCCGCUGUCACGUACAACAACCCGAGCCUGUCGAUGCACAGCAUUCUCCUGCACUCGGCUGUCAUCUUCUUUACCUUCCUCGCCAUCUGCACAAUGGCGGCUGUGGCGGCUUUCCAGGGAAAGUGGUUCGGCGUCUCUGGAGGAACAGGCUUUACGCUGUUCCUCCUCUUGCUUGCCUUUUUGCUUAUUAUCGUCAUCUUCUCCAUCCCCUUAAUUUAUCACCGCUGGGACAAGGGACGCAACAUCGCAAGGUUCCUCGCGCAACCACGCGCAAUGUUCAUCCUCCACGCGUUCGGGACGAUCCUUCAGGCUAUCGCGACCUUCAUCGUGACCAUCAGCGCCUGGAGCAACCCGGGCUGCAAGAACCCCGAUGAUGACAAGCACGCCAAGGACCUGGGAGACGACUACAAGAACGGCCUCGGCAGUUGGUGCCGUACGAAGAAGGCGUCCGCAGUCAUCGACUGGCUCGCUCUCGCCGCGUGGGUCGGCCUUCUCAUCUUAUCCGGCCUCGCGUUCCGCAAGGACCGCCAGGACCACAGGGAGCCCGCUUUCAUCCCACCGUCCUCACCCACCCGCCUCGAGUCCGGCAUGGACCGCCCUUACUCGAGCGUCGGUGACGACGACGUCUUCGCAGACAAGUACGAGGCCUCGCCGGCACCCCAGCGUGUCGACGACGUCUACGCCCAGCCGCGGCCUUACAGCUACGGCCGCCCCGGUGUGUUUGCGCAGCAGGAGCAGGCGGCCAUGUCGCGUCCCAGUGUCGACGCGUAUGGUGCGUUCGACGGCGACAUGCCUGGUGCCCGCAUGGAGCAAAGCCGCACUAUGCAGAUGGCAUACAGCGACCCUUAUGCAGAUGUGCGUGCCCAGGUCAUGGCAGAUGGCGGCUUUGGCCAGCCAACACCGCCUCUGCAGCAGGCCAACUUUUCCUCACACUCGCCGGCACCUGGGCGGCAAGGCUACCCUGGCUACUAA